AUGCAGACCCGGCGGUCCAAAAAGGCCGUCGAGCCUGCGCCAUCCUCCUCUCCUCCACCACAGCCCAGGAGAAACCCACCUCGAGCGACUAAGCAGCGUGGGAACGAAGCCGCCGUCAGGGAAUCUAGUUCCUCCCCUAGCCCUCCUCCAAGCUCCUCGCCUACAAGACCGACGACUUCUCUCCUCCUCCCUCCUCCUCCUGCUCCUGCUCCUCCUCCCUCUUCUCUCCCAUCUCGCCCACUUCCGCCGCCGGCAACCCCAUCACAUUCGUCCCCUGUGCUACCAAGCAUAGAACCUCCAAAGGGUCUAACGUCUGUGCCACGCAAAGGUUCCAUUGUGUUUGAUCCAAAGCCGCGUCGUGGCGCUCCUCGUCAUCUCAGCGUCAGUAGUAUAGCGACAAACCCUAGGAGGGACAACACUGACGACGAGUACGACGACGACGACGACGAAAGCGUUGCCCCAGAGCCCAAAUCCGCGGCUCAGCUGCUGGAAGAAGAAAUGGUCCAACGUGAUGUCGAAGAGGCCGAGAAUGAGAUCAAGCUCGAGGCCGCUCCUUCUUUAGCUCGGGACGCCAAAAACCUCAUCGGCCAGUUGCAGAACAAGUCACGGCCGUCUUACGAAAAGGUGCUCCUCAUGAAACUGCAGUUAUUCAGGGCGUCUCGCAGCAUUUUCCAGCCUUCUCACCAGGCAUCCCCUUUUCUCGACUGGGACUGGGUGGACAAGGCGGGAGAGGACAUCCCGGAGACGGAGAAUGCAACCAUUCCGCUUUCUAUCAAGCUGGCAAACAUUGCCACCGCCCUCAUGCAAAUAGAAAGCAUCGAGUCUGAGGGAGACAACCCUGUGCCUUUUCUCGAGGCCGUAGACACCCUCUUUCCUCUGCAUUUCGCCGCUGAAGAAACGCAGUACAGGUCAAUGUCUCUUGAAAUCCGCACCCAGAGAGCCAUCGAGAGCAUAGCAAGGUCACCCCAGGCCACCGACCUGCGCGGCAUGCUGGGCCACGCGUUUUGCAACAUGAACGCCCCAGAUGCCCCCGGCGACUAUGGCAGUCUUUUUAGCAAGGGCCCUUACAAGCCCCUGGCGGACCUCGAUCAGCAGUCACUGGUAGACGUUUGUUCGCAAAGAGUCUCCAACAUGUGGAAGAUAAUGUCUGAUGGCGGCAAGAGAGGGAUUAGGACUCCCGUGGAUCUGCCCAGCAUCCGAGCUCAGUAUUCCCUCAAAGAGACGCUCAACGACCUCAAAGAAUGGCUCAUGGACAGAUAUUCAACAAUUUCGCAUUUGUUGAACAGGGCAGAGCAAGAGAAAGUCGCCAUGGAGAAAGAGAGGCUGCGUGAGCAAUGGCGCGCCGAAGAGCAACGGCUGUUCCGAGAGCAGCGAAAGGCUCGAGAGGAAGCGCAACAAGCUCUUGAGGACGAACAUGGGGCUCGAGAGCAGCAGCGAAGAGCCAAGGAAGAAGAACUCAGGGCUCGAGAAGAAGCACAGCAAGCUCGGGAGAGGGAGCAACGGGCUCGGGAAGCUGCCCGAAAAGCUCAAGAUCGAGAGAAACGCGCGCGAGAAGCAGCAAAACAAGUUCACGAGAGAGAGAAACACGCUCAAGAGCAAGAAAGAGCUCGCAUCGAGAAGGAGCAGCAAGCUCGACAGGACAGGACUCGAAAGGCAGACAAGAGAGCCGCCCGCGAAGAGACAUAUCCAGAUCUGCCACCCCUCAGCGACGAGAAUAGUUAUCCUGACCACGACUCCUUUGACGGAUCUUCCCAGGAUCUGAACAUCUCCCAGCCAGAGCCGCCGCCACAACGGUUCAAAAGCCGAGAUAGAGACUCCUUAUUCAUGGGCAGAAAGCUAAUCGGUCUACUCGGUGGCGUAUCUUUUGCCCAACCGCCACACUCGGGGUCCUCGCGCAAGCGAACAUAUCAGCAAAGCGAAGAUCUUAGUGAGGUCGGCGACUCUGAUGACAAUCAAGAAGAAGAAGAAGAAGAAGAAGAAGAAGAGACUUAUGAAGAGGAGGGAGAGGAAGAUGGAGAGGAAGAAGAAGAUGACGACUUUGAAGUGGACUCCAGGCCUGUUAGAGGGGGCAAGGCAACUGCCCCGUCCAGCGUUGUACAUCGGCCUCGAAAAUUGCCGACGGAACGCGACGAUGGCAGAUACAACGAUGCACAAGAGGAACAGAGGUCUAUUAAAAGGAGUAAGACGGCUUCCUCAGCUGCCCCUGUGUACCGGAGCCAAGAACAGCAAGUGGAAUAUCGCCGCCCUACGGCUAGCACCUCCACUGCGCGGUCGCCUCCGUCCAUCCCUCUGUCUGCCUCGCCAGACUUUGCCGCCAUCCAGCGGAUCAAGGAUCAGGCUCGCAUGAAUGCGCGACUGAGCCAGCCCAAGUCUCUUAAAAGACGAUUCGUCUGGAGCGAACACGAUUCUGCCACAUUGAUUGACCUCGUCGCCCGCCGUGCCGCCGGCUGGGCCAAUAUUGAAAGGGAAGACAGCCAACUUUUUGAGCUUCCCCGGAACGCGCAAGCCUACCGCGACAGGGCUCGCAACAUGAAGGUCGACUUCCUCAUAUCUGACGCGAUUCUGCCGCGGGGAUUCGACCAGGUCACGCUGAGCAAGAAGGAAAUCGACCGGCUGCAGAAGUUGGGCAAGAAUCAUGCCAGGCGGGAGCGUGAUGUAGACAGGAACGGCAGGCCUACGAACACAAAGGCCGACAUGUCCUGGCUGCAAGGUUAA